GGUGGCCUGAGCCCAGAGUAGGGCGCGCAGGAGCCCGCGGGACCCAGCAGCCCCUCGAGCAGCCCCACUGCGCCACGGACGCGCUGGAAAGCCCGGGCUGCCCUCAGCCAGCGCGCAGCCCCCGACCCCACCGCAGCCCCGAGGGCCUUCGCCGCUUGCUUCGCCCUGUGCCAAAAACACGUGCUUGCUUCUCUCACCCCGUGUCCGGGUCUUGCGUUGGGGGGGCGGAGGGGCAGAGGCGGGGUCAGCGGGCGUCCGGCCCCAGCAGAACCCCCCCCCCCGGCGCGUCCUGGGGCACGGCUGCUGCCCGGGGCCGGCUCCGCGCCUCUCCUCCCUUCCCUCUCCCACAGCAGGGAGGGGAUUUGGGGCUCGCGGCCGGGCUCCAGCCCCGUGCCACCCCGGGGGUUCGGGGGCCGUGACCCGCUGUCCUUCCCGCAGGAUCCAAGGUGCCGGUGUCUCGCCCUGCCCGGAGCCUGAGGUCCCGCGCGCCCAUCCGCCUCCCGACGUCACCAAUGCGACCAUGGGAACUGGCAGUGAAUAGGCGGCCUCCCUCUGCCCCCUUUAACCAGCGCCGGUUCUCAGGGGGACCCUGCGGCAGCCCCGACCACCUCCGGCGAAGCAGCCGCACAUCCCUGUAGAUGAGCCCCGCGCCUACGCUCUCCCCAGCACACCGCCACGAAUGCUGCACCCGGCCGCUCACCCGCCCCACCAGAACCCAUUCAUGGUGGAUCUGCACGACCAGGUGCACCAGGGACCCGUCCCUCUCUCCUACACGGUCACCACCGUCACGACGCAAGGCUUCCCCAUCCACGCCGGCCAGCACAUCCCUGGGUGCAGCGCCCAGCAGCUCCCAGCAUGCUCAGUGAUGUUCAGCGGACAGCACUACCCGCUCUGCUGCCUCCCGCCCCCGCUGAUCCAGGCAUGCGCCAUGCAACAGCUCCCCGUCUCCUACCAGACGUUCCCCCCCCUCAUCUCCAGCGACCAUUACAUCCUGCACCCGCCCCCGCCGCCAGUGCCCCCCCACCAGCCGCCCCACAUGGCGCCCCUGGGGCAGUUCGUACCUCUCCAAGCCCAGCACCCGCGCAUGCCUCUGCAGAGGAUAGACAAUGACGUGGACCUGCGAGGGGAGCAGCACCCCAUCGCCGGCUUCACGUACCCCCCGUCCCACCACGCCCCCACGCUCUCCCCCUCCGUGCCGCUGCAUUACCUCCCCCACGACCCGCUGCACCAAGAGCUGCCCUUCGGCGUGCCAUAUCCCCACAUGAUGCCCCGGCGGCUGAACACCCAGCGGUACCGGCUGCAGCAGGCGCUGCCCCCCCCGCCGCCCCCUCCGCCGCCCCCCCCGUACUACCCGGGCUUCCUGCCCUAUUUCCUCUCCAUGCUUCCCGUGUCGCCGACGGCCGUGGGGCCCACGAUCAGCCUGGACCUGGACGUGGAUGACGUGGAGAUGGAGAACUACGAGGCGUUACUGAACCUGGCCGAGCGGCUGGGGGAGGCCAAGCCGCGGGGACUCACCAAAGCAGACAUCGAGCACCUCCCGUCCUACCGCUUCAACCCCGAGAGCCACCAGUCCGAGCAGACCCUGUGCGUCGUGUGCUUCAGCGACUUCGAGGCCCGGCAGCUUCUCCGCGUCCUGCCCUGCAACCACGAGUUCCACGCCAAGUGUGUCGACAAAUGGUUAAAGGCGAACCGCACGUGCCCCAUCUGCCGGGCGGACGCGUCGGAGGUGCAGCGGGAGGCGGACUGAGGCUGGCGGGCGCUGUGCCGCGCAAUUCGCUAGAGGACGAGGACGUCGGGCCAGGGGCGGGGGCCGCUGCCCGCUGCCAGGGCCUGACCGUGCGCUUACCCCCCCUCCCCAAAGCCUCUCCUCGGAUGUGGUGAGCAUUGAGCAGCCCGGGCUCCCGGCCAGCCCUCCUCCUCCGCCGUGGCUCGGACUCGGCCGGACGCCUGCCCGCCGCGCUCCCGGGGCCCCGAAUCGUGUAGUGCCGGUGGCGGGCGGCGCGUGGCCGCGUCCUCCGCACUCCAAAGACGCUGUCGUUGCUCCAUCACUUUCCAGGUCUUUGUACUCUGCUAGAGAACUUUUUUUUUUUUUUCCGUUUUUCACUUUCUUUUUUUUUUUUAGAUUUUUUUUUUCACCCUUCCGUUUCCUUUCCUUUUCCGUUGCGUUUUUGGUUUCGUGGCCGCUCGACCCGGCGGCACGCGGCUCCUCCCCUCGGCGUUGCUCGCGGAGGACGCGGGGAGGAGAGAGGAGGGGGCGCCGCGGGUUGGGUGCCGGCGGCCCCCCGGGGGACAGCCGGAGGAGCCGGCCGGCGCGGUGCGGCCGUGGCGGGACACCAGCAACCCGGGGCGAUGCCGGGGCACCAGCGCCUGCGCCCCGCUUCCCCCGGGGCGCCCAGGAGGGCAGUGCCGGCUGCUCGGUGUCCUUCCCAGGUGGGAGGAUGGUGCUGGCGCGGCCCCAGCCCCUCUCCCCGUUCAUUCCCUCCUGGGGCCGGGGCUCGUGGUGCCCGGCGAGGCAGCCAAGCCCAGCAGGGAGCCCCGUGGCCGUGGGGCAGCCCCCCCGUUUUGCCUCCUGGCCCCGCACGCCGGGUUCCCGCUGUCGUAACCCGAAUGAGCCCCGAGCGCCCCCGUCCUGCUGGCUGGACGGCGCAGCGCGGGGCCGGCGGGGGGGUUUUUAUCCGUGACCUCGCGGCGCGUUUUCCCCUCGGGACCGCGGCGCCCGUUCAGCGCUGCCCCCGGCCCCUCGCCGCGGCGCUGCGGGGACGCUGUGCGCGGGGACGCGUCCCGCCGGGGCCGGGGGAGCGGGUGCCGGCCGUCGGGGCGGCGGCGGGCGGCGUGGCCGAAGUUGUUUUGCAUGAUUAAUUAGCGAGGGGGGGGGGGUGACGGGAGGGGGGGGAGGAGAGGAGCGCCCUCCCCGCGUCGCCGACGCCUGGGAGCCUCCGUGCGCGGCCGCCAGCCCUAUGUAAAUGUUCACAAAUAUGCAUGCAUGUCUGACCAGCUUGGAACGUGGUCUUGGCUACUACGUCUAGCCGGCUGUGGGGUGAGGGGGGUGGGGAGAGGGGUUUUUGUGCUCAGCUGAUACUGCCAUGCACUGUACUGCACAUGUCCGCAACGCCGCAGCAGGACCGUGAGGCUUUCAGGGCCGUUCCCCGCGGGGCCUGCGCCCCUUCCAGGCGGGAGGCGGCGGCGGCGGCCGGGGGUGGCGGCGGCGUGUGCAAGGGGCCGCUCCCCGCGGGGCGGGGGGCAGGCGGCGGCGGGGCUGGGCCCCGGGGGGGCGGCGGUGGCGGCGGUGGGGCGAGGCGUGAGGAGAGGGACCGCGCCCAGCAGGUGGCCGGGCGGGACGGAGCCCCCCGCGCCGCCACGCCAUUGGUCCGGAGGGGCGUGCCAGUCACGGGGCUGCUGAGGUACGGCCGCUCCCGAUUGGCUGGGGGGGGGGGGGGGGGGGGGGCGCUGCCGGUGGGCUCCCCUCUCCGCCUGCCUCUCCCCGCCGCCUCACGGCACCGGGUCGAGGCCCGGGGUGGGGGGAGCUCCGCCACCAGCUCCGCCACGCCGCGGGCGCUGGCACCGCUGGGCUCGGUGCCCCCUGGGCAGGACCCCGGCCCCCUCCCCGUGCCCCUCGCUCAGUGACAGAUAACCAAAGGAGUCCCCGUGCCGCGCGGCGGCCUCGCGCCCCGGAGACGCCCCCCACCCCCCACCCCCCCACCUCCCCUCCCGCCCUCGCGGUGCCCAGGGAGCCAGGAAAGCCUUACGGUCCUUUGACGGCGACUCGAAAGCUCACAGCUCGUGUGCUGCAGAAUUUAUUCCAAUGAGCAGCUAAAAAGUAUCAUUUAAAAAAAAUACAAAAAAGACAAAAAAAACAUACUUAAAAAAAAAUUAAAAAACAAUUAUUUAGGGUGUUUGUGAUUGCUGACUGCGCUGUAGAUACCACUGUUUACCAAUGAUUUCCUGUGGUGGGAUAGUGGACUGUUUACUGUUCUAUUAUACCAGUCCCCGGGCCCUCCAGCGGGAGCGCCGCGCCACACCGCGGCUCCCCGGAAGGUGCUAGGACGUGUGUUCUGUGUUAGAAAGUUUUUAUAUAUAUAUAUAUAUAUAUAUAUAAAUAUAUAUAUAUAAUUUUUUUUGCUCUGUUACUUGCACAUUUUACAGUUACCUCAUUUUUCCCAUGUAUGUAUUUGAAAAAAGGCUAAUAUAUAGAAAAAAAGGUUCUUAAAGCUCUAAAAGUGUUUGUUUUUUUUCCAUUCCAUUGGAAUCAUAUUGGUUUUGUAGCAUUUAACAUAACUAGUAUGUUGUAUUAUAUAUAUGUGUAUUAUACUGAUUGAAAUUUUUAACAGAUUUGUACUUUUUUUAAAAUGAAAGUUGCUAGUUCUGCUUGACCAAGUAGUGCAAUCAUUAUUUUUUUUAAUGUUGUGGCUGAUUUUGAGAGGGAUAUUCACUAAUAAAUGUAUGAUGUAUACCAA